AUGUUUGACGAUUUCCUGCUUCUUCUUACCUCCUUCCAGGUGCCAUCAGUGUUUUAUGUUCCCUCCUCUGAUUGGCUUGUACUGUUGCUGCUGAACAAGCUUGCCGAAGAGACAUUGGCCAUUAGCAUUUCACUGACCCCCAAGCAAAUUAGAGAUUUGGCUGCUCAGAUUAACGCUACAGUUAAAGGACUGACCGAUAUAGAAAAGAUUCUUAACGAGACAAAUGAUGACUUAAAUCGAGCUCGUAGACUUAAAGAGAGGGCAGAUAAAGCAAGUUUAGAGGCUGGUGAUGUUUUGGACACUGCUGAUCAUGUGCAGAAAGCUCUGGAAGGAGCCAAAAUGUCCCAAGACAAGGCAGCAAUGGCAAUUGACCAAGUCCAGGAAGAUAUUAAGAAUGCUAAGGAAGAUCUUCAAAUGAUUGAAAACAUCAUGUCUACUUCGGCUGCCAAUGCCACAAAGUCCUUAAAAAUCAUCAAGGUGCUUAAAGAUAGAUUGAACAGCCUGGAACAGAAACGUUACAUAAGCCAAGACAAACUAAGCACUGCUAUGAAACUGACCGACCAAGCCAUGAAAACAGCCAUUGAAGCGGAGAAGAUUGCCCAAGAUUUGGAGGCCAAAUACAAUAGCACUUCGGGAACUCUCCGGAACAAGUACAAUGCAACAGCUGCUUCAAAAGAAAGAGCCAUUCUCUUGAAGAAGAGAGCAAACGAGUUGGCUGUCAAUACAACAAAAUGGAACAGAGAGUUGAAACGUGUUGUAGAGAACUUUAAGAAACACAGCACCGAGGUUGAUCGUUUGACGCUUGAUAUUGAAGGCUUACAGGAAAAAAUGAAAAUUUACCUUGACUACAUAAAAAGGAAGGCCAAGUAUUACGCUGAAUGUCUACCACAAUAG